AUGGACGGAUAUCUGUCCGCACCCGACGACCUACGAGCCACAAGGUGGUCAGACAAAAUGGCGUCGUACUCGCCCGUAGCUGACAGCACAGCGGACUCCCAGUGCAGCCUGGCUAGAAGUGAGACACUCACUCAGAUUUCAGCAGAGCUGGCAGCAAUCUCUGCAAACAUGCUCACCAUUUGUGAUAAAGAAGAGUUGGUGACGGAACUUCAAGCCACCAUACAAGAGGUAAGGAGAGACCUGACGGCCCUAAAGAGUCGGGUGGAUGACCUAGAAGCAGAGCACCCCCAGGCAGAGCACACACAACAGGCUGCAGAACUGGCCACAGCUCAACAGGGUAAUGUACUGCUGGAAUUACGAAUGCAGGUAGAGGACUUGGAUAACCGCGGGUGGCGAAAUAACAUCCACAUCCGCGGCCUGCCAGAAAAACCCGAUGAAGCCCUGAGCCUGUUCAUGGGCCUGUUCACACAAAGACUAGGGGACUCCGCGCCAGAUGACUUUGGCAUAGAGUGA